AUGUCGCCCCUAGAAGAAAAAGAGGUCCCUUCCCUGUCCAAGGAUCAUCUGGGUUACCCCCUCUUGAGCCGUGACAUCUCACCCACCCCUCCCCCUGCUGCUCCGUCAGUCCCCGCGCUGCCCGCCCCUCUCUCGGUCCACACUACCUCGCAGACGCACGGAUGCUGCCGCUCCUGCCGCUGCAUCCACUCCACUCCACUCUUUGUUUUGGUCCAAGAUAGAAAGAAAUGGAAGGUAACCCCUCCCGAUGGAGAUACGUCCCCUCCAGGUGCGUCUGGGGACACAGAUGAUCUGAUGGGUGCUACGGGUGGUGUUGGUGCGACAGCAAUGCAAGCUACCUCCACACUCUCUCUUCCUAUGGGCAAGCCCUCUCUCCGCCGAAUCAAAGGACGCAUUCACCGCAGCAAGAGCCUGGACAGCAUCGACCUGCUCGACGCAAAUGUGCUACGGCAGGAACACUCAUUAUUCUUCCUCAAACUGUCUGAAGCCGACAUGUCUGCAGAGAGGACAGGGGCUGCUCAUGAUUACAUUUAA